AUGACCCGCAAGGAAUCGGAAGAAGCGCCUGAUGAGGUUCUAGAUGAUUUCCCCCACCCGUCCACACGACCUACCUUCAAUACACUCCUAACAACCCUUGGCUUACUUGCCAUUCGCCCUCCGUCAUGGGAUGAUACCUCUGGCGCUUCUACCUCCUCUACAACCGAUUUAUCCCAAAAGAAAGUUCAAAUCAUAGGGAACCCAACCCCCUGGCUCACAUCCCUCGUCUCCUCCUCUCUGAAAUGGCUGCCAACGGAUGAAUCCCGUGAAAUCAUUUGGGAAACGGCGAGUAUUCGAUUAUCAGAACGUUGCGGACGGGCAGCAAUGCCGUCCCUCGAUAGAAGUUUUAGAAUCCCAUCAUUUUCGCUAUCGUCAUCAAAUGAAUUGGAGAUCAAAAUCCAUGAACCAACUUGGGAUGGUGAUAAUUUGGGAUUGAAAACUUGGGGUGCCGCUUAUGCUCUUGGGAAAAGGAUUGGUAGGGAUGAGGUUAUGAGGAAGGGAAUUCGUAUUGCUCUUUCUGGGCCUGAACCUGGUGGUGGUGGUAGUAGUGGUACUAGUAAAGGGGGGGAUAAGAGGGUACUAGAACUCGGUGCGGGGACCGGGCUUGCUGGACUCGCUCUAGCUGGAACGGUUAAUUCCAUCCUCGACCGAAUGAAUGAUAGUACAGACAAUAUCCAUGUCCACCUAACAGACCUCCCAGAGAUCGUUCCAAACCUCCAACGAAACGUCGAGCUAAACAAUACUUCCAUCCCAUCACCCAUAACUGUAACAACUGGGGUUUUGGACUGGCGGCUCCAACCAUCCGCAAACACUGAACGGGAAGGAGAAGAAUCUCGAUACCCUUUAAUCAUCGCCGCAGAUCCUCUCUAUUCGCCCGAGCACCCGACUUUAUUGUCAACUGUUGUCGAGGGUUGGUUGGAACGAUCAAAUACCGCAAGGUUCAUCGUGGAACUCCCGUUACGCAAACUCUUUGGUGGAGAAGUAUCUGACUUUAGAAACUUGAUGGCGGAGAAAGGGUUUAGCGUUUUGGAGGAAGGCGAGGAGAAUGCUAGGGAUGAUUGGGGGGAAAGUGGUGAGAGUAUGACUUGUUGGUGGGCCAUAUAUGGCUGGAUAGAUGGGUAA